AAACAUACAGCGUGUUCUAAUUGGUCUCUCUUCUUGGACUCUUUCCCCAACGUGUGCUGCUCCUGGAGAUUUUGUAUAAAACAUUUGGUUUAUUUUCUAGAAAUUAAAAGUAAUUAUUAAUCUAGUUAGUUCCUCAAGUCAUUCCAUUUACACGCAGUUAAAACAAAAAAAUAAAAAGCGAGGCUGAAGCUGAUGUAACAGCGUGAAUACAAACAAAAGUAGAUACAUUGCAGCGAUGUUACGUUACUAAUUCGUUUCCUGUUCUACAACAUAAAAAAGAAUGUGCAAGUAGGUAAUAUGUACUUCAUUUGAGAUCGAGCCAGCGCAAAAUACUGUCUACACGCAUUCAACAUGUAAGUAUAUACCAGUCACACAGGGGGAGACUGAAAGGUGAAUUUGAAAGCGAUUGCGGAUAAACCUGUUAAGUAAAUCGGCUGAAAUAGAGAGCGGUUGUUGUUUAUGUCAUACAAUAAUUUAAAAAUACACAUUUGGAGGUAAUUUGAGAGUAAAGUACUGUCUGCAUAGUGCUGGGUAUAUAUGUUAAAUGCAUUGAGAGAGAUGAAGUGAAGUAAUAAUAUAGUAAGAGAGUGAUGCAAGAGAGAACAGAACAUCGGGAAAGGGGCAACAGAGAGAAAAUAGAAAGUAAGUGAAAGAGAAGACUAGGAAAAAAUAACAUGCAUAAAGGCAAAGUGUGGUGAAAUAUCUAAGGAGAGAUCCAGAAUAUACCAACAAAAAAAAAGUUUCAGCAGCAAAUACAUAGACAGUGAGAGGCUACAGCCAUAGUGGGGCAUUGUUGAUAGCAUUGGAUUGGAAUAGUUGGAGUAUGGGAUUUAAUAGUUCAGGAGACCUAUAAACAGCAGUUAAGAAAUCAUAUUGAAAAAAGUGAACCUCAUUUGAGAUGGAGCUCGAGACAGAGGCAGAUGGGAAGCUUGAAGCCGAGGUGCAGACUGAGACCAUAAUGGAGAUGGAGAGAGAAGUCAAAACCCAGACAGAGGGAGAAUCGGUUGAAAGGGAUCCAGAAUCAGACACCAGGACAGGAGAGGUAAAGAGAGAACGCGAGACGGAGCCAGUGCGAGUGUGUGUAUCCGGCUCCACUCCCCUGCUAUGGCGCUCCGCGGACCUGCGACUGGUCCGAGAGAGGAUGGGCAUCGUGGGCACGCUGGUGGGCUCUCUGGCCAGACAGCCACGUCAGAACUGCCGGCUGGGCAGACCACUGCAGCUGCAGCUGGAGGAGGCCCGUCUACUGAAGGACACUGGGAGAGCUGUGCUGGUCAAGGGGGCGGAGUCAGAGUGCGACGAUGACAGGGUGAAUGUAGAGGUGGAGGAGAGUUACACAAAACAUCUUCAGCACAGCUACGAGGAACAGGGAAGACUUGCGUUAGAGGAGAAGAAACGUGUGCUGGAGAGAGUGAUGACUGAGCGUUUCAGAGAUGACGCUCUCACAGAUCAGCCAAUCAGAGAGCGUCUCUCUUCUCUGAAGAGUUCUUUUUCGUUCCCUCGCUCUGCCAUGAUGGUGCAACUCUGUACAGCCAGAGCGAGGCUGGGCUAUGCUCCAGUUGAGCGUGAUUGGCUGGCUGCUGACUGGACCCUACCACGUGACAACAAACAGGAAGUGAGGUAUCGUGUUUACCAGGACCUGCGGCAGCAAGGAUAUUACAUCACAUCCGCUGGAAAAUUUGGGGGAGACUAUCUUAUCUACCCAGGAGAUCCCCUGCGUUUCCACGCUCACUUCAUCGCAGUGUGUGUUCCGAUUAAAAGUGAGUCUCCUAUUAGUGACUUCCUGUGUUUGGCGAGGCUGGGAGCCAACGUGAAAAAAACGAUUUUACUGUGUUCUCCGAGCGAGACUGAGAGUGAAGGGGUCAUUUACACCUCUAUACAGUGGAGUGGCAUGGUCUAGACUUCGAUACAGGAAACACAGUGACAAGUACUGGUUACUGGUACAGCAAGCCCACUGUGUAAAGCACACAGCAAUGGAAGUGGAGAGACAUUCUCUAUAUAAAACAGACAUACAGCACACUCAGUGUUUAUCUAUAUAGGAUAUCAGUGUCAAGCUCUGUAUGUGGCGAUGGUGCCCUUAUGUUUUUGGAACUGUUUCGGAGAUAUUGAAUUUGAGUACAGCUUCAGGAGACUGAUUUGCGUAUGGCUUGGCAUAGAGAAUAUCCAAGCACAUACAGUAUUGCCUUACGCCAUGAUACCGUGCCAGGCUGAAGCACUCCGAGGCAAAGUCAUGCUCCAUGUGGAAAAUGCAUUAAUUGUCUUGAAAUAAAUUGCUAUUACUUCUCA